AUGUCUUCAGAUGAGAUCGUUCGCCGUUAUGAUUAUAAGGGGGAUGCAAAGCGUGUUUACGACGUGAUUAAAGCCGGCGGAGUCGCCAUCUGUCCCGCGACAAUUGGCUAUGGGAUCAUUACCUCAGAACCGCGUAAGCUUGAGAAGAUCUUCCUCACCAAACAGCGCGCAGCCACCAAGCGACAUGCUAUGGUCGGAUCGUACCCUAUCCACCGAGCCCUUCAUGUUAUGGACAAGCUUGGCCGGGAGAUUGUGGACCACCUAGUACUCGACCUUGACCUUCCCCUAGCCGUCAUCGCCCCGUUCAACAAGGAGCACCCAAUGUUCGAGAAGCUCGACGAUGUAACCAUGGAAGCUGCCUCUGUCAAUGGCACUAUCGCCAUUUUGAUUAAUGCUGGGCCUUUCCAGGACGAGCUCACAAAAUUGAGUCUAGCCGACAACCAGCCAAUCCUUGGCAGCUCGGCCAACAUUUCGCAAACAGGCACAAAAUACCGUAGAGAAGACAUUCAGCCAGAACUGAAUGAAAUUGCGGACAUUGCACUCGACUAUGGCCUUCUCAAGUACAACAUGUAUCGACGAAGCUCAACGAUUAUCGGUGGGGGUAUUGGUGGGUUAUGUCUUGCACACGGCCUGCGUAAAGCUGGAAUAGAAGUACGGGUUUUCGAGCAACAGAUUGAAAGGGCCGAGAACUUGGCUGGAUAUGGUCUUCAUAUUGACCGAAAUGGCCGACGAGCUUUACGCUAUUGUUUGCCGCUUUCCAACUGGACACGACUCCAAUCACUCUUAACGUCUGCUGGAACGCAGCUGUUCUUCCGUGACACUCAACUUCGAGUCUUGGCCGAGAAAAAUGACGUCGAGUUGAGUGGGAAAUCCGCACAUGAAGUCGAGCGAAGUGGUGUGGGAAGGUUGGAUCUUCGCGACGUGUUGAUAGAUGGGCUUGACCACGGAACAACCGCCGUCAUCGAAUGGGGACGAGCUUUUACUCGAUAUGAACAGCUUGAAAAUGGAAAAGUGCGCGCUCAUUUUGCAGAUGGUACCUACGAAGAUGGCGAUCUCCUAGUUGGCGCUGAUGGUCCCAACUCGGCGGUCCGCCAUCAAUUCCUGCCACACAUAGAACGCCUGGACCUUGGAGUAUCUGCAAUCGCAGGCCGAUACAUUCUCGAUGAGAAGAGGGUCGCAAAUCUCCCUCUAGAACUGACCAACGGAGCGCUGAAUAACAUCGUGCCAUCUGGAAGAGGAUGGAUGUUUAUCUCGGCGUGGCGCUCAAGACCUGCUAACGGCGAUGAAUCUUCCGCACCUGAGCACUACAUUGUCUGGGCCUACGUUGCACCAUCAAGCGACAUACCACAAGGUGAAGGUCCGGUAUACGGGGCGGAGCUACAUGAUUAUGUUCUCAAUGCUAUCAAAGGAUGGGCACCAGAGUUGCAAGAGUUGGUGACGAGCAGUGAUACCUCUACCACCAAGUGUUUGUCAUUGCGUUCGAUGCCCAUUCUGACAUCAUGGGAGUCAAGCAACGUGACGCUUCUUGGCGAUGCAAUUCAUAACAUGACGCCAAUGGGUGGCAUGGGAGCCAACAGUGCGCUCCGCGACGCAGAAACUCUUACGCGCUGUCUUAUCGAUGCUGCUGCCGGAAGGCUUUCCAUCACUGAAAGUAUCAAGACCUACGAAGAGGAAAUGAGAGUUUAUGCAAACGACGCAAUCAAGCUGUCAACAUCCAACGCGAUCAACGCUUGUAAAGGAGGUACUACACAACGCUUGGUGUUCCGGGGCUUCUUGCGUGCUGCUCAAACUUUUCCUGUUAUUAUGCGAGCGACUAUAGGACGCUCGUCGGUAAAGCAAGCAUGA